AUGACUACCUUUUGUGUGAUGAAACUUUUGUGUCAAGCAACCAGAAAUGAGAAUAGAUAUGCAGAAAGAUUCUUUGGUACUCUUCUGACACAAACGCCACAAAAGAGGGCCUUUCCUCCAUUCUGGAUGGUGGUACCUGACCCUAGAAAGUCAACUGUGUUUGGACUUACUCAACCAUUUUGUACAGCUGAAAAAUCUCAAACACAACCAAAAAAGAAAGCAGCAUUUGGAAGCGUUGGGCGAAGAAUCCCCUAUCGGAUUUUGCACUUAAUCAACCAGGAUGGAGAGAGCUUAGGAAAUAUGCACCGAGCAGAGGCACUCAAACUUAUGGAUCAGCAUGACCUGAAACUAGUUCUCCUUCAAGAGAAUGCAGAACCUCCUGUAUACAGACUGAUGAGUGGGCAGCAGAUUCAUGAAGAACAGCUUAAACGUGCAGAGAAGAAAAAAGCAAGUCCAAAACCGGGGGUGGUUCAGAAGGAGUUAUCCUUUUCUUCAGCUAUUGCCAAGAACGACUUAGAGACCAAGACUAAACAGAUAGCACAGUGGAUUGAAAAGAAAUACCAUGUUAAAGUUACCAUCCGGCAAGCAAAAGACAGCAAUACAGACAUGCUCGUGCUUUUUGAGCAGAUUUUGGAGACUGUCUCUGAGAAAGCCACUUAUCUUUCCAAGCCAAAAGUUACUAGAGAAGGAGUGAGCACCUGUAUUUUGAGACACAUGUCUGACAAAGAGUUGAAAGCAUACCAGAAGAUGGAAAACCAGAAAAACAGUACAGUAAGGAAAGAUGAAAAUGAAGAGCUGAAGCCAAGUGAGUUGCAUCAGUGACUUUAUGAAGACGUGUAAACAGUAUUAAUCUCUUAUUAAAAAAAAAAAAAAAGAAUAUAAACUUAA